ACAUAGAUGCAAGCUAUGAACUCACAAAUAAUCAGGAGCAACCUGACGAACACACAAUAGUUUUACAGAGAUAAUAUUUGGUGGUUUUAUAAGUGUCGGAAAAAUGGGGCUGAAGAAAGCAAGUUUGAUAUUAGGGUUUUUGGGGUUUAUGCUUAUGGAUGGACUGCUCCUUUGCAUGGCCACAGGCAACAUUCAUUACUAUGAUUUUGUUCUACAAGAGACAAAAUUUACAAGGUUAUGUAGCACGAAGACAAUGCUCACUGUCAAUGGGAGCUUUCCUGGACCAACAAUUCAAGUUCACAAAGGGGAUACGUUUUAUGUAAAUGUCCACAAUCAAGGCAACUAUGGUGUUACUAUACAUUGGCAUGGAGUGAAGCAACCAAGAAAUCCAUGGUCAGAUGGUCCUGAAAACAUUACGCAGUGCCCAAUUCAACCAGGAAAAAAUUUCACGUACCAAGUCAUUUUAACUGACGAAGAAGGAACCCUAUGGUGGCAUGCACAUAGCGAUUGGACACGAGCUACCGUCCAUGGCGCCAUCGUCAUUUUGCCUACUGUUGGCACUACUUAUCCAUUUCCUACCCCUUAUGCACAACAGACAAUUGUGCUUGCAUCAUGGUUCAAGGGAGAUGUGAAAGCAAUUAUUGACGAAGCCCUUGCAACCGGUCGCGGUCCAAACAUCUCUGAUGCUCACACCAUCAACGGCCAACCAGGAGAUCUGUCUCCAUGUUCCAAUAAAACAACACACCGUUUCCUAGUUGAUUAUGGGAAGACAUAUCUUCUUCGAAUAAUCAAUGCUGUUAUGAAUGAAGAACAGUUCUUUGGAAUUGCAAACCAUAAACUAACAGUUGUAGGACAAGAUGCUGCAUAUAUUAAACCAAUAACAACCGAUUACAUAAUGAUCACUCCAGGACAAACUAUGGAUGUAUUGGUCACAGCAAAUCAGGAUCCUAGUUAUUACUACAUUGCUUCCAUCCCUUUCUUUGACAGCAUUGUCCAGUUUGAUCGGACCACCACUACAGCAAUUCUCCAAUAUAAAGGCAACUACAAUCGCCCACCCACAAUACCUUUUCCAGCUUUGCCUAGUAUUGACGAUGAAGAAGCUGCGUCCAGUUUCACUAGUCGUCUGAGGAGCCUAGCUACCAAACACCACCCUGUUAAUGUCCCCAAGAAAAUUAACCAACAUCUCUAUGUAACAAUUGCUCUCAAUCAAUUGCUCUGCCCUAAUGCAUCAUGUGCUGGGCCAAAUAAUAAUCGGCUAGCUGCAAGCUUGAAUAAUGUUAGUUUCGUCACACCAAAAAUUGAUAUACUUGAAGCCUACUACAGGAGUUUGAGUGGGGUUUUUGACAGAGACUUCCCAAGUUUUCCACCAACGUUUUUUAACUUCACUGGAGAUACAACAAAUAUUUCAGCUUUUACAGCCACAGGGACAAAGGUGAAGAUGCUAAACUAUGGAGAUGCAGUUGAGCUGGUUUUCCAAGGGACUAACAUUGGUGCUGCAGCAAAUCACCCAAUGCAUCUGCAUGGAUUUAGUUUCUAUGUGGUUGGAACUGGUUCAGGAAAUUUCAACAAACAAACUGACCCUAAGUCAUAUAAUCUGAUUGACCCACCAGAAGUUAACACUGUCGGAGUUCCCAAGAAUGGUUGGGUUGCCAUAAGAUUUUUCGCUAAUAAUCCUGGGGCAUGGUUCAUCCAUUGUCACUUAGAGCGGCACGCAAGCUGGGGAAUGGACACUGUUCUUAUUGUGAAAAAUGGCAAAACGACUGCUACAAGUCUUCGCAAACCUCCUGCACACAUGCCACCUUGUAAGACCAUGUUGCUAGCUAUGAAAGCCUUCAUUUUCCAGAUCUUAUUGUUUCUACUCUCUGUGACCUUCCAUUGCUCAGCUUAUUCUAAUUAUCAUUUUAAGGUGAAAGAAGCUACAUACACUAGAUUAUGCCACACGAAGAAGAUCCUGACUGUAAAUGGGCAAUUUCCAGGACCCACUUUGCGAGUUCAAAAGGGUGAAACGAUAUUUGUCACGGUCUAUAACAGGGGCAGAUAUAAUAUUACCAUUCACUGGCAUGGAGUGAAGCAACCUAGAAAUCCAUGGUCAGAUGGUCCUGAAUACAUUACACAGUGCCCAAUUCAGCCCGGAGGAAAGUUCAGGCAAAAGGUAAUUUUUUCAGCAGAAGAAGGGACCCUUUGGUGGCAUGCUCAUAGUGAUUGGCAACGAGCUACUGUUCAUGGUGCUAUAUUUAUCUAUCCAGAACAUAAAACUUCCUUUCCUUUUUCAGCACCUUAUGCUGAGGUGCCUAUCAUAUUAGGAGAAUGGUGGAAGAGGGAUAUUGUAGAAGUUUUUGAGGAUUUUGUCAGGUCAGGAGGAAGCCCCAAUGUGUCUGAUUCUUUUACUAUUAAUGGUCAGCCUGGCGAGUUGUUGCCAUGCUCAGAAUCAGGAACAUUCAGGAUAUCGGUGGAGGAACACAAGACAUAUCUGCUCCGGAUGGUAAAUGCUGCAAUGAAUGACAUUCUCUUCUUCGCGGUUGCAAACCAUAAGCUCACAGUCGUCGGAGCGGACGCAGGAUACACCAAGCCAGCAACCAGUGAUUACGUAGCAAUAGCUCCAGGACAAACCCUUGAUGUAUUAUUAUAUGCAGACCAGGAACCUGACCAUUAUUACAUGGCUGCUAGGUCUUACACUAGUAACCCUCAAAUCCCGUUCGAUAACACCACCACAACUGCGGUAGUUCAGUACGUUGGAGACUAUACUCCAUCUUCAUCUCCUGCCUUACCAUUACUUCCUGCCUUUAACGACACAAAUGCAGCCUUUGACUCUUUCGGUAGCCUUAGAAGUUUAGCUACUAAAGAACAUCCUGUUUCUGUUCCUCUACAUACUGCAGCAAAAAUUCUAUCUACUGUUUCUCUGAAUACAUUUCCCUGUCCUGGAAAUCGUCCAUGUGAGGGUCUAAACGGUACCAUUUUUGCUGCUAGCAUGAACAACAUAAGCUUUGAGCUCCCAUCAAUUGAUGUGCUUGAAGCUUAUCACUAUCAUAUUAGAGGGGUGUUUGGACACAACUUCCCUAGUCAACCGCCUUUGUUUUUUAAUUUUACAGAACCCUUUUUGCCUUUGAUUUUACAAAUACCAACAAGAGGGACAGAGGCUAAAGUGUUGCAUUAUAAUUCAACUGUGGAAAUUGUCUUUCAAGGGACAAGUUUGCUUGGUGGCAUAGACCAUCCUAUGCACCUUCAUGGCUAUAGUUUCUAUGUUGUUGGAUGGGGAUUUGGCAACUUUGACAAAAAUAAAGAUCCUGAAAAUUACAAUCUUGCUGAUCCUCCCUUUAGAAACACAGUAUCUGUGCCUAUAAAUGGCUGGGCCGCCAUCAGAUUUAAGGCUUACAAUCCUGGAGUUUGGUUUCUGCAUUGCCAUUUAGAUCGGCAUCUUACUUGGGGUAUGGAGACUGUUAUCAUUGUUACAGAUGGUGAAGAUUACAGAUCAAGCUUGCUGCCUCCACCACCAGACAUGCCCCCAUGUUAA